AUGGAGCCAGUGGUGACGGCCUUGAUGUUUGAGCAGCUGCAUGGCGAGCUGUUUGACGCCGUCAAAGCCGAUGGAUCUGGCAUAUUAGGGCUAUCCAACUUGCGGCGCAUAAACAAAGAGGAUCAGACUCUUCUACCUGUGCCACAUGGACCAGAGGGCGAGCGUGAUAUCAUUAACGUGGAGCUGACAGAACAGCCUCGCAGGAAGAACAUUGGGGUUCCCAAUUAUAAUCAAUAG